AGAAGUCCAAAUUUGAAAAUUCUCAAGGUUUCUCGUUUCCCAAACAGACUUUUUAUUUAUUAUUAUAUUAGCAGCUGAGAAGAAGAAGAAGAAGAACCCAAAAAAACUGUAACAGGGACGACACAAAGAGCCAUCUUUAAGAUUUGAGCCUGGGUAUUCUGUGUCCAUAGCAGCAUCAUGACGUCUUCUGUGCAUGAUCUUUCUGAUAAUAGUGAAGCUGACGAGCCGCAAAAACACUCAGAACUUCAAGUUCAGUCUUCAUCUCCUGCAGCUGGAGCGUCCCAUCCUGGCAGUGCAGCUGCAAACAUUCCAUAUGCAACACCUCCACAACUUGGGGCAGGACAUGCUAUGGCACAAGCAGCCUACCCAUAUCCAGAUCCUUACUAUAGAAGUAUCUUUGCUCCCUAUGAUGCACAGCCCUAUCCUGCACAACAUUACAGCGGACAACCUAUGGUCCACCUUCAGUUGAUGGGAAUUCAGCAAGCUGGAGUUCCUUUGCCAUCAGAUGCAGUUGAGGAGCCUGUGUUUGUUAAUGCAAAACAAUAUCAUGGCAUUUUACGGCGGCGACAAUCUCGUGCAAAAGCUGAAUCAGAAAAUAAAGUUGUUAAAUCUCGGAAGCCAUACUUGCAUGAAUCUCGACAUUUGCAUGCAUUGAGAAGAGCUAGGGGAUGUGGGGGCCGGUUCCUGAAUUCAAAGAAAAAUGAAAGCGAACAGAACGAAGUGGCAUCAGGUGACAAAUCACAGUCCAAUAUCAAUCUCAACUCUGAUAAAAAUGAACUUGCCUCCUCUGAUAGCACAUCUUGAUAUCCUGGGAGGAAGCAACGGCAGAAAGUUGUUCCAUCAGCAGUGCCUGGGGGCCAGAAGUUCCCAAAUGAAGCCACAUAGUAGUCUUGUUAUUUGGAGGUUUACAGGUCGGUGAGGCGCCAUACUUGCAGCUCUGAGUAGUAUGUAUAGGCUUUUGAGUAGUAGGUUUGUAGGAAGGUGGCAGAAAUGAAACAGGCUUAAGUAUUUCCGAAGUGCAUCAGGUCAUCCUCUCCAGGCAUGAAAAUAUAUGUCUUUGCUCUUUUCUGUGUGAAGGAGUGGGAAUUAAGUUUGCUGUGUGGACAUUUCUUUGCACUUGAAAUAUGUAGAGGUUGGGUUUGAUUUCUAACAUAAAAAAAAUUAGUUUUUGUUGAUGCUUGGUAUGAUUUAUGAAAUAGUGUUCCCAUCUGCUGCUUUCUAUA